UUUGAUUAUAUAAGGAUUUUAUCUAAACCCUGAUAAGAAAGGAUUUCUGGUUUACACUCGGUGUAAAUGGAGGAACAGUUGGCGAAUCGUUCGAGACCAGUUCCAUUGACCCAUCCCUAGUCUACAGUUAUAUAUGUUUAUUGUAUCCAGAUUCAUUCCUUAAAGGUCACAUAAUUAAUCAACGAAGUAGAUCGCUUUGUUAAUAAUUAUUUAUAAUCUAUUUAAAACUGACUGCAUUAUUGUAAUGUAUUUUCUGUUUCAUUAUUGUUAGGCUUAUUUUAUUUAUUUUUUUCACAGUAUCUUACAAUGUAUUUUAAUGUUUACAGAAAUAAGAAAAUGGGUCGUGCAUGGUACAUGGAUGAUUCUACAGAGGAUCAAAGGCUGGAACACCACCGAAAUCCUCCCAAGUUCAUUUCUAUGCGUGAAUUAUAUAAAGUGUCUGGUGUUGAAUAUUUUUCGGAAAUCAAUUUUAUAUUGAAUGAAAAUAUUGACCUUUUGGAAAAAAUAAAGAAAGAAAGAAAUUAUACUUAUGAGGAUGAAUUAACAUGUUCCAAAGAGUGCUUGCCAAAUUAUGAAGAAAAGAUCAAAUCAUUCUUUCAAGAACAUUUGCAUACUGAUGAGGAAAUUCGUCUGGUAUUACAAGGUUCUGGAUACUUUGAUGUAAGAGACACCAAUGAUGAAUGGAUACGAAUUGAAGUUACCCCUGGGGACUUACUGAUUAUACCUAAGGGAAUCUACCACAGAUUUACCCUUGAUAUGAAUAAUUUUAUCAAAGCUAAGAGAUAUUUUGUUGGUGAACCAGUAUGGACACCACACAAUAGACCAGCCGAUGAAAUGCCUUGCAGAAAACAAUAUUUAGCUAAAAUGAAUGGGCUAAAAGCUUAAUAUUGUUAAUGAUAUGUCAAAUAUAUCAUUGUGAUGUGAAUAAUCUGUUAAUAUAUUACAUUUAAAAUUUAGUUUUUUUUUGUUUUCCCUAUGCCAUAGUCAUUGGUCAUUCGACCAUCCGACAUCUUGCUGCCCAAUAUAAGUUUGAUUUUUGUAUGUAAUCAUUUACAUAUGUUUGAUUCUUUAUAUCCGUCAAAGCAGAACAUUCGUUUAGGUGGUCUGCAUCCAUUUCCGCUUCUUCACAUAAUUUACAUCUAGGAUCCUCAGCCACGCCUAUCUUGGGGAGAUAGCCGUGACCAGUGGCCAGGCGGAAGCAGGCUACUGCAUCUCUUCUUGGUAGGUCUGCUGGGAUCGGGUUUUCCACCAAACAUCCAUAACGUUUCCCUUCCACCUUGUCUUUGUGUAUAUUUUUUGUUUCCUCCUUCACUACCAUCCUCACCAUUCACCGAAUUGAAUCGUAGGAUUUUGGAUACACUGUUUGUGGCAGUUCUGUUCCCCUCCUGGCGAGACUAUCCGCUUCUUUAUUUCCUGGAAUACCACAAUGGCUCGGAAUCCACUGAAGGACCACAUUGGUGCCUCGGAGUGUUAGAUCGUAGAGAAGGGAUUUGCACUCCAAGAUAGCACUCGACAUACAUUUAUUCACGUCAGUAAUGGCAUUUAAAAUUUAGUGUAAAUAUCUAUUUUGUUUAUAUUGUUAUAUUUUAAAACCUUUUUGGUCUAAAGUAUUUUUUUUUAUUUUAUUAUUU